AUGCCCGCUGGCCCGCCUCCUCAUUCGCUCUCUCCUCCUCCUCCUCCCCAGUCGCAGCCCCUUACGCGCCCCGCUUGCUCCCUCUCCAUCUAUCUCUUCCCGCUCUCUCGCUCUCACACCCUGUCUGUUCGUCCGUCCAACAUUCCAACGUACUCUCCCCAUCUCCAUCUCCAUCUCCAUCUCUCCCUCUCCCUCUUCCUCGCUUUAUGCGUCUUUCUCUCUCCUCUCCACUUAUCUUGGCCUGAGCAGAUUUGCCCUUCGGCAGCAUUGGCAAUCGAUAUCAGGUCUGACCAAUCGUCGGUUGCGAUGACAUUUUGUCGAUGGCUGAUUGAAUCUGAGCCGAGGAGAACGGUUGGAGUUGGCUGGAGGCCAUUUCACCCAUCGCGCUCGCCACUAGGCAGCAUCGUCCUCGUCACCUUCGAGUCUCAUCUGCCGACCCCUCCGCAGGUGUGCCUCGGCCCCGUUGAGCAAACUCCGCGCCGGCCCGCCUGGACUAAUAGGCCCGUCCACUCUGCCCCCAGCCCGACUGACUGGGCCCCUCGAGUCUCGUCCUCUCUUUGCCUACAUUUGCUCGCUUUCGCCACUUUCUCCGCCUCCUCCACCUACUCUGCUCCCCCCCUCUGCUCAUCCUCCCAUCACCUCGGCCGUCACCAGUCGCUCUCUCGUCGGUACGGUUAA